UUUCCUCUCCUGUGUGGUUUCCUUUUCCUCGCCACCCUCAACUUUUUAGGGUUCUUCCUUCGUCUCUCGACAAAGCAAAUUUAAAUCCUGGCCAUGGUUUUCGGUUUCAUUUUGGGUAUGCCAUUUUCGAUCAAUGUCCCUCUCCGUCCUCCUCCUCCUCCUCUGGUGGCGCCUCCUCAUUGCGACGUCGCUCCGUGCCGCUCCUCCACUUGCCGGAGGUUAUUUCAUCAACUGCGGCGCAUCCCAAGAGGAGACGAUCGGAAGCGUGCAAUGGAUCCCCGACCAAGGCUUCACCAACGUCGGCAACGUCUCCGCCAUCGCCACCCCCAACCUCGUCCCCUUUCUAUCCACCGUCCGGUACUUCCCUGACGCUUCCGCCCGCAAGUACUGUUUCGUGAUCCCCGUGACCAAAGGAGCCAAGUACUUGAUCCGAUCCACCUACUACUACGGCGGAUUCGAUGGGGGCCAGAAGCCGCCGGUGUUCGACCAGAUCAUCGACGGCACCAAGUGGUGCACAGUGAACACCGCCGCGAACUACGACAGCGGGAUGAGCGCUUACUACGAGAUCGUGGUGGCGGCGCAGGGGAGGACGGUGAGCUUUUGCCUGGCGAGGAAUGAGCAGACGACGGGCAGUCCCUUCAUCUCGGCGCUGGAGCUGGUGAACUUGGGGGAUUCAAUGUACAACGGGACCGAUUUUGGGAAGUACGCGCUGAGUACGGUGGCGCGGAACCGAUUCGGGCAGGACGGCGAUAUCAUUAGCUAUCCAGAGGAUGCAUACAGCCGAUACUGGGAGGCCUUCACGGAUUCCAACCCCAUGGUCGAAUGCCACUCUAACAUCACCUCGUCGGAGUUCUGGAACCACCCGCCGGAGGCCGCCCUACAGCAAGCUCUCACCACGAGCCGGGGGAAGCAGCUGGUGGUGCAAUGGCCAUCGGUGGCAUUGCCGGCUGCCGUAUACUACGUUGCGCUCUACUUCCAGGAUAACCGAACGCCGAGUCCCUACAGUUGGCGAGUCUUCGACGUCACUUUGAAUGGCCAUGACUUCUUCCGGAGCCUCAACGUCUCCACUGAUGGAGUAAUGGUGUUUGGCGCGCAGUGGUCACUCUCAGGGAAGGUGGAGAUCGUGAUGUCCCCCAGCAACGAUUCUCCGGUUGGGCCAGUGAUCAAUGCAGGGGAGAUCUUUCAAGUUGUGCCUUUUGGUGAUAGAACUCUCACUAGAGAGGUGAUUGCAAUGGAGGAACUGGCAAGAAGCCUGAAGAACCCCCCACCAGAUUGGACUGGUGAUCCAUGCUUGCCCAGGGAGCACUCUUGGACUGGAGUGCUUUGCUCUCAAGAUAGUACCAACAGAGUAGUUGCACUGAACCUCACAAACUUUGGCCUUUCAGGAACAUUGCCCAAUAGCAUCGACAACUUAACUGCCCUCGCAAACAUUUGGCUCUCUGGGAACAAAUUGUACGGUCCAAUUCCAAAAUUGAGUUCUCUGAAGAAUUUGGUUUCUUUGCAUCUGCAAGACAAUGAGUUCAGUGGACCGAUUCCAUCUUCGUUAGGGGAGCUUCCAAGCAUCAAAGAGAUAUAUCUCCAGAACAACCAACUUACCGGACCUGUUCCGGACGAUCUGAAGAAGAAAACUGGGGUCGACAUCAAGAUUCAACCUGGGAACCAGAUACAAUGACAUUUUGAGAUCAAUGAAGUCUGGGAUCAAAAAGAUUAUCAAAUUCUUUUGUGUGGAACUGGAAAAUGGAAGUCAAUACAUUAUAAUGUGUACAUCUAUCAUAUUUUGCUUAAAUGCAGCCAACUUCUAACA